AUCUCUUAACUUCUUCUCAGUAUUAAACAUUUUUCGUUGUUUUUGCAAAGGGUUUUUUUAACGUAAGUUUUAACUGAAGCUGUACUGUAUGGUUGCAUUAUCAGGGCGGAACCUUUAGUAUCAAGCACCGGAGCGAUACGGACUGUUUUUGCAGACGCACCGCUGCGCUCAGGAGAGUUCGAACAGUUUAGGAUGGCUCAAGCGGACAGCAGGGCUCUGGCUUUGGGAGUUCUGGCAGGGGCUGCUGGGAUCAGCUUGGCGAUUGUCUGCUUCCGCAAAAUAGGAGCAGGCGGUGGCAGAGUCCUACACCUGAGCAGCAACACAGAUCACACGGCAGGCAGCCUGGGUCUGCAGACGGGCCAGGCGGAGGUGCUGGAUCGUCUGGGAGCUCUGAUCCAUUGUGUGUCUGAGCUCAAAGAGGAGGUAAAAGCCUUGAAGGAUGCACUUCCACACCUGCAGGACAACGUCAGAGAUCAGCUGAGGGGCCGGAGCGGGGACGAUAUCGCCGCUCGUAAAGCAAGUCCCCUUCAUCGAACUCCCACCAGGAGAAAAAGAGCAGGUGUCUCAGCUAGAAGUGAAGGACAAAGCUCAGAAGAGGCAGAGAGUGAAGGAGGGUAUAUAACGGCACUGGCAGAUUCUGAGGACGAGGAAAGUGACGAUGACCGAAAGCCACUGCAGGAACCAGUGGAUGAGCUCACGGCCCUGCUGCGGAAAGCAGACCGACUGCACAGCUGUAACGGGGCAGAGAAAGCACAAGGCCUGAAUGCUCUGCUGGAGAGGAAAGCAGAGUUCGAUCAGAAGUGCCAGUACCUUUGGCGGUUGUCCAGAGCCUAUGCAGAUGCACAUGAUUUUGCUGUAGACCUUGCAGAGAAGAAGAGCUGCGCUGAGAAUGGAAAAAAAGUGGGUGAAGAGGCAAUUUCCUUCAAUCCACAGUGCGCUGAAGGUCAUCAGUGGUAA